AUGACCCUCUCCCAUCGACCCAUGACCCUCUCCCAUCCACCCAUGACCCUCUCCCAUCGACCCAUGACCCUCUCCCAUCCGCACAGAACCUCUCCCAUCUGUCCAGACCCUCUCCCAUCGACCCAGACCCUCUCCCAUCCACCCAUGACCCUCUCCCAUCCACCCAUGACCCUCUCCCAUCCACCCAUGACCCUCUCCCAUCGACCCAGACCCUCUCCCAUCGACCCAGACCCUCUCCCAUCGACCCAUGACCCUCUCCCAUCGACCCAUGAUCCUCUCCCAUCCACCCAUGACCCUCUCCCAUCGACCCAUGACCCUCUCCCAUCUGCCCAGACCCUCUCCCAUCCACCCAUGACCCUCUCCCAUCCGCACAGACCCUCUCCCAUCCACCCAUGA